AUGUCUCAGCGUGCCAAUCUCCUUGAGGAGCCAGUCCUGCCUACCAGUCCACACCAAGGUGGUGCAGUUGGUUACCCAGAGAUCCUGCCUAACAUUGCCCCUGUCAAUGGAGUGAUUAAGCCAGCCUGCAUCCCAGUUCGGGGUGGCUCAGACCGGUUGGUUGCCCUCGAACUCGCAGAUGGCACUGUCUACCAGGGUUACAACUUUGGCGCCGAAAAAAAUGUCUCGGGUGAAUUGGUCUUCCAGACUGGUAUGGUCGGUUACCCCGAGUCCAUCACCGAUCCCUCAUACCGCGGCCAGAUCCUGGUCGUCACUUUCCCACUCGUGGGUAACUACGGUGUCCCUUCACAUGAUGAGAUGUGUGAGCUCCUAAAGGACUUGCCCAAGCACUUCGAGUCCAGUCAGAUUCACAUUGCGGCCCUGGUGGUGGCAUCCUACGCCGGUGAGGACUUCUCACACUUCUUGGCCAAGUCCUCUCUGGGCGAUUGGCUCAAGUCCGAGGGUAUUCCGGCGAUGCACGGUGUCGACACUCGUGCUUUGACCAAGCACCUUCGUCAAACCGGUAGCAUGCUGGGUCGCAUGCUACUGCAAAAGUCCGGCGCCAGCCCCGAGGUUGCCGGUACCGCCGGUGCCGACUGGAAGUCAUACUUUGAGGAGACUGAAUGGGUGGACCCGAACACAAAGAACCUCGUUGCUGAGGUCUCAAUCCGCGAGCCUCGCCUCUUCACACCUCCCGCCGAUGUCGCUCUUAAGCACCCCUCGGGUCGUGGAGUCCGCGUCCUCUGCUUGGAUGUUGGUAUGAAGUAUAACCAGCUGCGUUGCUUGCUUGCCCGCGGUGUUGAGGUUCUGGUUGUGCCAUGGGACUACGAUUUCCCCACCCUUGCUGGAAAGGAUUUCGACGGUCUCUUCGUGUCGAACGGUCCUGGUGAUCCCGCGACCCUGACCGUCACCACCAAGAACCUGGCCAAGAUGUUUGAAGAUGCCCGUACUCCCGUCUUCGGUAUCUGUCUGGGUCACCAGCUGAUUGCUCGCGCUGUCGGCGCCCAGACUACCAAGAUGAAGUUCGGUAACCGCGGUCACAACAUUCCCUGCACAAGCAUGAUCUCUGGAAAGUGCCACAUCACCUCUCAAAACCACGGUUAUGCCGUCGAUUCCAGCAGCCUUCAGAACGGAUGGGAAGAGCUGUUUGUCAACGCCAAUGACGGUAGUAACGAGGGUAUUCGUCACACCAGCCGCCCCUUCUUCAGUGUUCAAUUCCACCCCGAGAGCACACCCGGCCCCCGGGAUACGGAGUACCUGUUUGAUGUGUUCAUCAACACAAUCCAGUCUACCAUUGCCUCCCCCGAGGCUCUUAAGCUGCCCGUCUCUUUCCCCGGUGGCACCAAGGCCGAGAAUGUCCUGGCUGCUCCCAGAGUCUCGGUCAAGAAGGUUCUGGUUCUUGGAUCCGGUGGUCUCAGCAUCGGUCAGGCUGGAGAGUUCGAUUACUCUGGCAGUCAAGCCAUCAAGGCUUUGAAGGAAGAGGGCAUCUACACCAUUUUGAUCAACCCCAACAUUGCCACCAUUCAGACCUCCAAGGGUCUGGCUGACAAAGUUUACUUCCUGCCCGUCAACGCCGACUUUGUCCGCAAGGUCAUCAAGCAUGAGCGUCCCGAUGCCAUCUACGUUACUUUCGGUGGCCAGACUGCCUUGUCGGUCGGCAUCCAACUCAAGGAUGAGUUCGAAGCCCUCGGCGUCAAGAUUCUCGGCACCCCUAUUGAUACUAUCAUUACUACCGAGGAUCGUGAGCUCUUCGCUCGCAGCAUGGAUUCCAUCAACGAGAAGUGCGCAAAGUCUGCUUCUGCUUCCACCAUCGAGGAGUCUCUGCGUGUUGUCGAGGCCAUCGGUUUCCCUGUCAUCGUUCGUGCUGCCUAUGCUCUUGGUGGUCUAGGCAGUGGUUUCGCGGAGAACAUGGAUCAGCUGAAGGAGCUCUGCACCAAGGCUCUGGCUGUCAGCCCCCAGGUUUUGAUUGAGCGCAGUAUGAAGGGCUGGAAGGAGAUUGAGUACGAGGUUGUUCGUGAUGCCCAGGAUAACUGCAUCACUGUCUGCAACAUGGAGAACUUCGAUCCCCUUGGUAUUCACACCGGUGACUCCAUUGUCGUGGCUCCUUCCCAGACCCUCUCCGACGAGGACUACAACAUGCUACGAACCACCGCAGUCAACGUCAUUCGUCAUCUUGGCGUUGUCGGUGAAUGUAACAUUCAGUAUGCCCUCAACCCCUUCUCCAAGGAGUACUGCAUUAUCGAGGUCAACGCUCGUCUGUCUCGAUCCUCUGCUCUGGCCUCCAAGGCUACUGGAUACCCUCUUGCCUUCAUUGCCGCCAAGUUGGGUCUUGGUAUCCCCCUCAACGAGAUUAAGAACUCGGUCACCCAAUCAACUUGCGCCUGCUUCGAACCCUCGCUUGACUACUGCGUGGUCAAGAUCCCUCGUUGGGAUCUGAAGAAGUUCACUCGUGUGUCUACUCAGCUUGGUUCUUCCAUGAAGAGUGUCGGUGAAGUUAUGAGCAUUGGCCGGACCUUCGAGGAAGCUAUUCAGAAGGCUAUUCGCAUGGUUGAUUUCCACAACCUUGGUUUCAACGAAUCUGAUGCCCUCAUGUCCAUCAAGGGCGAGCUCCAGACUCCCUCUGACCAGCGUCUGUUUGCCAUUGCCAACGCCAUGGCCGCCGGUUACACAGUUGAUGACAUCUGGAAGCUCACCAACAUUGACAAGUGGUUCCUCAGCCGCCUCAAGGGCCUCAGCGACUUCGGCAAGUCCAUGUCCGCCUUCAACGCUACCUCUGUCCCUAUCCCCAUGAUCCGCCAAGCCAAGCAGCUCGGUUUCUGCGAUCGCCAGCUCGCCAACUUCUUGGACUCCAACGAGCUCGCUGUGCGCCGCAUGCGUGUGGAGGCUGGCAUUACUCCUAUUGUCAAGCAGAUUGAUACCGUCGCCGCCGAGUUCCCAGCAUUCACCAACUACCUCUACCUUACCUACAAUGCUUCUCAGCACGAUCUGUCUUUCGAUGAUAAGGGUAUUAUGGUUUUGGGCUCUGGUGUCUACCGUAUCGGUUCCUCGGUCGAAUUCGAUUGGUGUUCCGUGCGUACCAUUCGUACGCUCCGCGAGCAGGGCCACAAGACCAUCAUGGUCAACUACAACCCGGAGACUGUUAGUACCGAUUACGAUGAGGCUGACCGCCUUUACUUCGAGAACAUCAACCUGGAGACUGUAUUGGACAUCUACCAGCUGGAGACUUCCAGCGGUGUGAUUAUGUCUAUGGGUGGUCAGACCCCCAACAACAUCGCUCUGCCUCUGCACCGCCUCAAUGUCAACAUCCUGGGUACCUCUCCCGAGAUGAUUGAUGGUGCUGAGAACCGUUACAAGUUCUCUCGCAUGUUGGAUCGUAUCGAGGUCGAUCAGCCCGCCUGGAAGGAGCUGACUAGCAUUGAUGAAGCCCGCGAUUUCUGUGACAAGGUCGGCUACCCCGUGCUGGUCCGUCCCUCAUACGUGCUCUCUGGUGCUGCUAUGAACACUGUCUAUUCCGAGCACGAUCUGGCCAGCUACUUGAACCAGGCUGUUGACGUCUCGCGUGAGCAUCCUGUUGUUAUCACCAAGUACAUUGAGAACGCCAAGGAGAUUGAGAUGGACGCUGUUGCCCGUAACGGUGUUAUGGUUGGCCACUUCAUCUCAGAGCACGAUCUGAGCCCGGAGACCGUCCGUCGCAUUGAGGAGGCUACCCGGAAGAUCGGUAAUGCCCUAAACGUUACUGGUCCUUACAACAUUCAGUUCAUUGCCAAGGAUAACGACAUCAAGGUCAUUGAGUGCAACGUUCGUGCCUCGCGGUCUUUCCCCUUCGUGUCCAAGGUCAUGGGUGUUGACCUGAUCGAGAUGGCAACUAAGGCCAUGAUUGGAAUUCCGUUCCAGGAGUACCCCCCUGUGUCCGUUCCCAAGGACUACGUCGGUGUCAAGGUUCCCCAGUUCUCGUUCUCUCGUCUGUCUGGCGCUGACCCCGUCCUGGGUGUCGAGAUGGCCUCUACUGGUGAGGUCGCUUCGUUCGGUCGUGACAAGUACGAGGCCUACCUCAAGGCUCUCUUGUCCACCGGGUUCCGUCUUCCCCGCCGCAACAUCCUGUUCUCCAUUGGUGCCUACAAAGAGAAGCUUGAGAUGCUGCCUUCCAUCAAGAAGCUCCACGAUCUCGAUUACAACCUCUUCGCCACUGCUGGUACCGCUGAUUUCCUCAAGGAGAACGGCGUGCCUGUCAAGUACCUUGAGCAUCUUCCGGAUCACGAGGAGGAGGACAUGAAGUCUGAGUACUCUCUCACUCAGCACUUGUCCAACAAUCUCAUCGAUCUAUACAUCAACUUGCCGUCCAACAACCGCUUCCGCCGUCCGGCGAACUACAUGUCUAAGGGUUACCGCACUCGCCGUAUGGCUGUUGACUACCAGACUCCCCUAGUCACCAACGUCAAAAAUGCGAAGAUCCUGAUCGAGGCCAUUGCUCGCCACUUCCCUCUGAGCAUCAUCCCUGCCGAUUACCAGACCAGCCACCGCACCGUGGUCCUUCCCGGUCUGGUUAACAUUGCUGCAUUCGUCCCGAACCUCGUUUCCGCCGGUUCCAAGGAUUUCGAGACUGUCAGCAAGGCCUCGAUUGGAGCCGGUUUCAGCAUGAUCCGUGUGAUGCCGGUAGGUGUUGAUAGCUCAGUCACCGAGUCGCGCGAUCUGAAGAUUGUUCAGCAGAACGCUCACGGCAAGUCGCUCUGCGACUUCAACAUCUCUGUUGCUGCCACCGCCACCAACUCGGACCAGAUCAUCCAGAUGGCUGGUGAAGUUGGCUCUCUCUUCGUCCCCUUCAAUCAUCUGUCGGGCAACAUCAACAAAGUGGCCACUGUCACCAAUCACUUCAGCUCUUGGCCCUCAAGCAAGCCUCUGAUCACUGAUGCCAAGAGCACUGAUCUUGCCUCGAUUCUGUUGUUGGCCAGCCUGCACAGCCGUAACAUUCACGUUAUGAGUGUUACCUCCAAGGAGGAUAUUAGCCUUAUUGCUCUGAGCAAGGAGAAGGGCCUGAAGGUGACCUGCGAUGUCUCUAUCUACUGCCUCUUCCUCUCCCGCGAGGAAUUCCCGGCCUGCACCUCCCUGCCCACUGCUGAGGAUCAGAAGGCUCUGUGGGAGCACAUGAGCACCAUCGAUGUCUUCUCCAUCGGCAGCAUUCCCUUCCAGCUUGCUGGCAAGGAGGCCACCCCCGAGUCCGGUAUCGCUGAAUCUAUUCCUCUGCUGUUCACUGCUGUCUCGGAGGGCCGCCUGACCAUUGAGGACAUCACUGCUCGUCUCUGCGACAACCCCAAGAAGAUCUUCGAGCUACACGAUCAGGUCGACAGCUCGCUUGAGGUCGAGGUUGACCGCCCCUACGUUUUCCAGAACCCCCAGGCCUGGUCUCCGUUCAAUGGCAAGACCAUGCGUGGCUCCGUCCAGCGUGUUGUUUUCCAGGGCAAGACCUCUUGCCUCGAUGGCGAGAUCACCAAGGAUGCCGUCAAGGGUGCCGACAUGUCCAGUCACCGCAUCAUCCCCACUUCGCCUGUGCAGAAACCCAUGACCCCCAUGACUCGCCCGGAGAGUUCCCUUGAUAGACACGUGUCUGUCUCUGGCACUCCUGGCCGCCGCUUGCGGGCCAUGGAUAACGCUGUCCCGGCCAUCAGCGAACUUGGUCCUCCCCUUUACGCCGCCUCCACGCAGCUCUCCCCCUCGUUGGCCGAUAUGCUCUCCCGCUCUCCUUUCCGUGGAAAGCACAUCUUGUCUGUGAACCAGUUCUCUCGCGCGGACUUGCACUUGCUGUUCACCGUCGCCCAGGAGAUGCGUCUUGGUGUCCAGCGCCACGGUGUCCUUGACCUGCUGAAGGGUCGUGUUUUGACCACCCUCUUCUACGAGCCCUCCACCCGCACCUCGGCUUCGUUCGACGCCGCUAUGCAGCGCCUCGGUGGACGUACCAUCGCCAUCGCCACUGAGCACUCUUCUACCCAGAAGGGUGAGUCCCUCCAGGAUACCAUCCGCACUCUCGGAUGCUACAGCGAUGCCGUUGUUCUGCGUCACCCCGAAGCGAGCAGCACCGAGGUCGCGGCCAAAUACUCCCAGGUCCCCGUCAUCAACGGUGGCAACGGCGCCCUUGAGCACCCCACCCAGGCUUUCCUGGACCUGUUCACCAUUCGCGAGGAGCUGGGUACUGUCACCGGCUUGACUAUCACCUUCACUGGUGACCUCAAGUACGGCCGCCCCGUGCAUUCCCUCAUCAAGCUGCUCCAGUUCUACGAUGUCCGCAUCCAGCUUGUUGCCCCCAAGGCCCUCGCUCUCCCCGAGGAAGUCCGCCAGCUGAUUGUCGCUUCCGGCCAGUUGGUCCUCGAGUCUGAGGAGCUGACUCCUGAGAUUAUCGCCAACUCUGACAUCCUGUACUGCACUCGUGUGCAGAAGGAGCGCUUUGUCGACCUCUCCGAGUACGAGCGUCUCAAGAACACCUUCAUCAUUGACAACACCUUGCUCAAGCACGCCAAGGAACACAUGGUCGUCAUGCACCCUCUCCCUCGCAACGCCGAGAUCGCCGAGGAAGUUGACUUCGACCAGCGGGCUGCUUACUUCCGCCAGAUGCGCUACGGCCUUUACUGCCGCAUGGCUCUCCUUGCUCUUGUCUUGGCGCCGUGA